AUGGCGUACGACAUGGCGGCGAUCGAGUACCGGGGCCUGAACGCCGUCACCAACUUCGACCUCAGCCGCUACAUCAAGUGGCUCCGCCCGGGCGCCGCCGGCGGGAUGGCCGAGGCGGCGGCGGCGGCGCAGAAGCUGCUGCUGCUGCCGCCGGCGGACACCGCCACCGACGGCGCCGCCGCCGCGUUCCACCACGACCACCACGGCCAGGGCGCCGAGCCGUUCCCGCUGCCGCCGCGGACGUCGCUGGGCCACACGCCCACGACGUCGGCGCUCAGCCUGCUGCUGCAGUCGCCCAAGUUCAAGGAGAUGAUCCAGCGGACGUCUGCGGCCGAGAGCGGCACCACCACCACCACGUCGUCGUCCUCGUCGCCGCCGCGCACGCCGCGGCGGUCGCCAUCGCCGCCGCAGCCGCCAGUGCAGGCGGCGGCCAGGGACGCCUCGCCGCAUCAGCGCGGCUUCCCCGAGGACAUACAGACGUUCUUCGGCUGCGAGGACACCGCGGGCGUCGACGUGGAGGCCCUGUUCUUUGGCGACCUCGCCGCGUACGCGUCGCCGGCGUUCCACUUCGAGCUGGACUUGUAG